CGAGGAGAGAGAGAGGGGAGAGAGGCUGAUACGGAGGUCCACAGACAGCAGCGGCGUGCAGAGUGCAGCAUGCACACUGGCCAUUGACGCUGCUGUUGGAUUGAACACACAUGCACACACACACACACACACACACACCCCUGAGGAGUGUAUGAGACAUGCCCAGGCUGCUGUCCAUGGACACACACACACUGGCAGGGCACCAGAGAGGAAAUACAGCAAACCCCCGAGCCUGAGGAGCUAUGGAGAGCAGCAUGUUCUUUGGUAACACAUGUCAAAAUGGCCUUAUGCCUGCCCUGGUGCGUCCCACCCUCCCUGCUGUCCAGACCUCGCUGGGCAUGAAGCAGUUUCUCCCGAUUCCACUGGAUUCAGCCUCGGCGGUGAGCCUCUUCCCAGGAUUCAACACAAUGGACCCGGUGCAGAAAGCCGUCCUCCAUCACACCCUCGGCCUCCCUCCCACCGCCAAGAGGAAGCACGUCUCCUGCAGCGUCUGCCAGCUGAGGUUCAACUCACAGAGCCAGGCCUUGGCCCACUACAAGGGCACCAAACAUGCCAAGAAGCUAAAAGCCCUGGACACCCCGAAGAGUAAGCUCAAAGGCUCAGCGGUCGCCAAGGAAACCACCAACCAGGAGAACGCCAAGGGCAUCAACACCUCGCAGGUUCCCAACGGCACCGACAGGAAAGAUGGCGUCCCUGGAACAGCGCCACUGCCGCUCUCCCCUGUGCUCAGACCGGCACAACCCUUGGCAUCCUUGGCGACCCCGACCACGCCAACGCCGGCACCUGUGGCCUCGCUGAUGGUCCCGAGCUCCAUGGCAGCCACAGCCCCAGAUACUACCUCAGCUGCUGGGGGAGACGAGAGGCCGUCGAAGCUCGGCUCACCCUCAGAACCGGACCUGGAGCCGGAGGCCGAACCCGAGACGGACACGGAAACAGAAGAGGAGAAAGCUCGACGUCUUCUCUACUGCUCGCUCUGCAAAGUGGCCGUCAACUCAGCAUCACAGCUGGAGGCUCACAACAGUGGUACGAAGCACAAAACGAUGCUCGAGGCCCGGAGCGGUGUGGGCUCCAUCAAGUCUUUUCCUCGAGCAGGUGUCAAAAGCAAACUGGCGACAUCCUCCAAAUCAUCGACGGGCCUGCAGAACAAGACGUUUUACUGUGAGACGUGUGAUGUGCAUGUCAACUCAGAGACUCAGCUAAAACAGCACAUCAGCAGUCGGCGUCAUAAAGACCGAGCAGCAGGUAAACCAGCCAAACCUAAAUACAGCCCCUACAGCAAACCGCAGAAAGGCCAGACCAAGCAGCCGCAGAUAAAGUUGCUGUUGGGAAAGGAGCGCCAGUGUCAGCCUCUGAGCGCUCAGAUCAUACCUGCUCACCUGGCAGCAGUGGCAGCAGCUGCCGCCGCCAUCAGCAACUCUUUCCCACACCGCACAAACCACGCCACCAAUCACACCCCGACCCCCACCCUCUUCCAGACACAGAGCCUCCCCACUGCACUGCUCCGCCCAGCCCCUGGGCCUAUCAGGACCUCCCACCCACAAGUCCUAUUUGCCCCUUACUGACCUGUUUGACCCAGGUGGAGCUGCACUCAGCCUCCAGUCAAGGACCAAACCAUGUGGGUCACCCAGACCAGGCCAAGGAGUCCUCUCAGCAUCUGUACUCCUUCUAUGCAUCCGGGAUACUGAACAUCUCCAUGCCAUGAUCAGACCUUGAUUACUUCUCACCUCUCCUUGUAUGGAUUAUUUCUCAUUUGCAGCAGCGAAGCAUUGGGUGCUUGUUUGUGCUGGAUUUAUUUCUCUUAUCUCACUGGACUGUAUAUGCUUUCUGUGCCAUUCUGCAGCCUCAUACCCAGCCCCCGGAUUUGGACUUACAUUGUACCGCAAUAAUGUAUAAGACUAACCCCGUGAACUAUGCAGUGUCAUUAUUUCAUGAUGCAAGCCACAGUUUGAGCUAAAAAUACAGUGUGGGUAUGCUUUUUGUAAAGAUACAGCGUGGCACUAAGUUCAUUGCUUUAGUGGAGGAUUACUCUCACUCAUAAUUUAAAAGAUUGUUACUAAUCAUAAGAGCGAGCAAGGCCCUCCUCUGUUCCUGUAUGCACUUUAAGCCCCUCCUCUGUUGAUGUCUACAUUAGAUGGCUAGACUGUGUUAGAUGGUUAGUAUGUGUCGUAAUGUGCGUUUUUUGUAUUCGUCCUUGCAUAUCUGUAUGUGUGUGUGAGUGUGUACUUCUGCAUGUGUGCUAGUCCGAGUAUGUAUGAGUGUGUGUGUGUGUGUGCAUUGGGAUGUGUGCGCGAGAGACCUUUCCAUCCAUCAAAAGCCAUCCCAGUCGAUAUCCAGCACACAUUAUCACUGACCAUGUCUCGGGCCAGAGGGACCACAAAGGCUUGUCUAUGUUAACUGUCAGUGUGUAAAUGGUGAAGAAUUUCAAAUAAAAGAGCCCUAAUUUGUUA